AUGCAAAAUAAUACGACUACAGAUAAACAUGUACAAAUAAUAGAAGUAGAAACCCUAACAUUUCUAACAAUAUUUAAAAAUCAAUAUAUUAGAAAUAUUAUAUUCAAUCAAAUAGAUCAAUUACCAAAGAGCAUUGGUGGUAGUUGCAACUUUGUCAAAGGAAAGGAGUUGAUUGCACUUGAAGCACCACUAUCAUGUAUCCUCUUUCCAAAUGUACCAUGUUCAAACUUUAUGGGUGACAAGGCAAUUAGAGAUGGAAAUAUAGAAAUGGUAGAUUAUUUGGUCAACCAUCGUAUUGCCAAUAUAGUUGAACAUAUUGGUCUAAGAUUUCAUUUUAUUUCUCGAAACGAUGCAGCUAUGGUCAAAUUGUUUCUUGAUUAUUUCCACAACAACAAAUCUAAAUAUAAAAUAGAUACACUGGCAUAUAUAUUACCAUCGAUAGCAGGGUAUUUUGAAAUGUUCAAAUCUCUCUAUCAACAACUAUCAUUGCCACAGGCCGACUAUUAUCUUCAAUUAGCAGUGAAAACUGCUCUAGAAGGUGGAUUCCUAGACACUAUCGAAUUCCUCCACUCGAAUAAUCAACAAUUCCCUGAUAAUCCUCUUGCUCACGCAGCAGAAAAAGGACAUUUAAAAAUUGUACAAUUCCUAACCACUCAACGACCAACUGAAAAUAGUACAACCUAUUCAAUGGACAAUGCAGCUAAAAACGGACAUUUUGAAGUUGUUCAAUAUCUUGAUCAGAACAGAACUGAGGGAUGUACAACCAAUGCAAUGGAUGAGGCAGCUAAAAACGGACAUUUUGAAAUUGUUAUGUAUCUUGAUCAACAUAGAAGUGAGGGAUGCACAACCAAUGCAAUGGAUAAUGCAUCAUUGAAUGGUCAUCUUUCUAUAGUAGAGUACCUAGAUCAACACCGAUCAGAAGGAUGUACACAAAAAGCAUUAAAUAAUGCAUCGGAGAACGGACACCUUCCUAUUGUCAAAUACCUUUGUCAACAUAGAUCUGAAGGAGAUAUUCGAAGUGCGAGAAACAUUUCUAAAACAAAGGUUGAUGCAAGUCUCUUUCAUUACCUUUGUCAAGAGAUUCAAAAACGAGAAGGUACAACUAUUGCAGACUUUGCUAAUAGUUAUCAAGAGUUUAUGAAUAACUUGGUUUUUUCUGGACAAGUAGAUGGUCUCAAAUAUUGUUAUGCCAACACACCAUUUAGAUGCAAAGUAAAGGAUUUACAAGAUGCUUUGCAAUACAACUAUCGGGAGGCUGCACAAUUUAUUUUGGACCGUGGAAUAGAGUUGAAUGAAAAUGACCGAGUCAAUUUAAUUGGUUAUGCAGCUUUGGGAGGUUACUUGGAUCUAGUCAAGCUUUAUCACAGUGGUUGCAAUGAUCGAAACAGUUGUACAAAGACUGGUAUCGAUUAUGCAGCACAGAGAGGUCAUUUAUCGAUUGUUGAAUACCUCCAUUUCAACUGCCGACAUGGAGGUGGGUGCACAACAGAGGCAAUGAAUCGAGCUGCACAGUAUGGUAAAUUAUCGGUUGUACAAUUUCUCGAUACCCAUCGCACUGAAGGGUGCACGCCGAGUGCCAUGAACUUUGCAAGUGAAAGUGGCCAACUAGCAGUUGUCAAAUACCUUCAUCGAGUUGGAAAGAAAUGUACUGUCGAUGCAAUGACCAAAGCACAAGUAUAUCGAAAAUUUGAAGUCAUAUCAUUCCUCCACUACAAUCGAACCGAAGGUUGUGUCAAAAGAGUAAAACAAUCAGACUGUGUUGAAAUUAUGCAAUUCCUCGUUCAUCAUAAAAGAGUUGUCAAUUAUCCAGAAGAUUUAUUAUUUUAUGAUUGGGAAAUUGAACAAAAAAGAAGAAAUCAAUACUAG